AUGCUCACCCGUCUACGUCUACACUCAUCUUUCCGCAUCGCACCCAAGUCACUCGUUCCCCGCCCCCGCCUCACCUCCAGAUAUUCAACCACAACACCACCAAAAAUGGACCAAAGCAAUCACCCCACGCGCCCAAAGAAGCUAAUCUUCGCACCCGGCGACAUCGCUCCGGAACCCAGCACCCCGCAGCACGAGCACCCCUCCCCUUCCGAAGUCUCAACCCCAACCUCAGCAACAGAAGCCCAAAUCCUCUCCCACCCCGCCCAAGCCCACCAAUUCGGCACAAACCCGCCGCUCACAAUCUCCCAACUAUCCCCAAACCCCCUCCACCAAUUCAACACCUGGUUCCACGACCCGCGUCUCCUCCCCUCCUCAGCACCAGAGACCUGCGUCCUUGCUACCGCCGAACUCCCUUCUGGACGGGUCAGUGCACGCACACUCUACCUGAAGGAGCUCGACGAGCGCGGGUGGGUGGUUUACAGUAACUGGGGAAGUCGGGCAGGGAAGGGGGCGCAGGUUUUUGGUGCGCAGGUGGAUCAGGGACAGGAGCCCGGUGGUAUGCCUGAGCCGCAUGAGGAUGGCGGUCUUGAGACCGAGGCUGCUGGGGGGAAUAAGUGGGGCGCGUUGACGUUUACCUGGGCUGAGGUUGAGCGCUGCGUUCGCGUUGAGGGACUCCUUGAACCGCUUAGUCGCGAGGAGAGUUUGGUCUACUGGCAGACAAGGGAGCGCGGGUCGAAGAUUGGCGGGUGGGCGAGCUGGCAGAGUAGUGUUUUGUGGGAGGCGAGGGGGGAGGAGAUUCCUACGUUGCGUAAGGAUAUUGAGCUUGCGCAGAAGGGAGAUGGCUCUGAUGGUGUUGAGGCUGUUGAUGAUGCGGAUGGGAGGGGGGUGCUUGAGGCACGGGUUAGGGAGGUGGAGGAGAGAUUCCGUGGUGUUGAGGAGAUUCCGCUGCCGCCGUUUUGGGGCGGCAUGAGGCUUGUGCCUGAGUCUGUGGAGUUUUGGCAGGGGAGGCGGAGUCGGUUGCAUGAUCGGUUUCGAUUUGUUAAGGAAGGGGAGGGAUGGAAGGUUCAGAGGUUGUCGCCCUAA